AUGGAUUGGCUCCCUCACCGAACGGCUGCUUUUCUGUUCCUUUUAUUGGUACUCUUGGAUUUCAGCACAGGAUUUCAUGUAGAGGUAAAAGAAUGGGAUGACAAAGGAAUGGCAAUAUGGAAAACCUUCAGAAGGCAAAAACGUGAAUGGAUCAAAUUUGCUGCAGCUUGUAGAGAAGGAGAAGAUAAUUCUAGGAGGAAUCCAAUUGCCAAAAUCCGAUCAGAUUGUGAAGAAACUCAUCCAGUCACAUACAGCAUCUCUGGAGUUGGAAUUGAUCGCGUCCCCUAUGGAAUAUUUGUUAUUAACUCAAGAACAGGAGAAAUUAAUAUAACAUCAAUAGUGGAUAGGGAAGUAACCCCAGUAUUUGUUAUACAUUGCUUUGCUAAACACUCUCUGACGGGUGUAGAUUUGGAACCACCUCUUGAACUUCGAGUCAAAGUUUUGGAUAUAAAUGAUAACCCUCCUAUAUUCUCACAAACUGUAUUUACAGGAUCUGUUGAGGAAAGCAGUAUGGACAACACACUGGUGAUGAAAAUAAUUGCAACAGACGCAGAUGAACCUAAUCACUUGAAUUCUAAAAUUGCUUUCAAGAUAGAGAGUCAGGAACCUUCAGGUGCCCCCAUGUUUAUUAUGAAUAAAUACUCUGGAGAACUCCAUCUUGCAAAUUAUCUUGACAGAGAGCAACACAGUAGCUACACCCUUGUCGUGAAGGCGUCAGACCGGGAUGGAGCUGCAGAUGGAAUAUCAUCCCUUUGUAGCUGUAACAUUAAAGUUAUUGAUGUCAAUGACAACUUCCCAACUCUUGCUCAAAGCUCUUUUUCAGCAAGUAUUUCAGAAAAUUCACUCAGUUCAGAAUUGCUACGAAUACAGGCUCUGGAUGCUGAUGAAGAGUUUACAGAAAAUUGGUUAGCAGAGUUUUUCUUUAUAUCCGGUAAUGAAGAUAACUGUUUUGAAAUUGUUACAGAUCGAGCUACAAAUCAAGGAAUCCUUAGAGUAAUUAAGGAACUGAAUUAUGAACAUCUCCAAACUCGCUCAUUGCUUAUUGGUGUCAGGAACGUAGCUCCCUUCCACCACUCUGUUGCACAUGACUUCCAAAUAUCUGGAACACCCCUCACAAUAGAAGUAAGAAAUGUGAUUGAACCACCAAGAUUUCAUCCAUCUUCAGUUGUGUUUUCUGUAUCAGAAAGCACAAGAAUGAAUUAUGUUUUGGGAACAUACACAGCCAUCGAUGAGGACACUGGAGCUAUUGCAUCAAAUGUUGUAUAUAGUAUAGGACGUGAUCCAGGUGCCUGGUUCAGAAUAAAUCAAAAGACUGGUGAAAUCACACUGAAAAAAGCUGUUGACUGGGAAUCAAUCCAUCUAGAAAAUGGGCAGUACAAAGCGGAGGUUCUGGCUAUCACCAGAGGGGUUCCUCAAUAUACUGCCACUGGCACCAUUGUGCUUUCAUUACGAGACAUCAAUAGCAAUUGCCCUACUAUUAAUACUGAAUUAAGGAAAGUAUGUAUGCAUUCCCCAUCAGUGAUUAUCACAGCAAAGCAUGUGGAUGGUGUUCAGUAUGCUCCCCCCUUUACAUUCAGCAUACAUGGUGAACCUCAAACUACAUGGAUCAUCAGAUCAAUAAAUGCCUCCUCUGCAGAACUAAUGAGCCAGAGCAUUGACUUUUACAUUUAUAGGAUCUAUGUCAGCGUAAGAGAUAAUCAAGGCCGACGCUGCUCUAGACCACAUAUAAUUCCUGUGCAAGCUUGUCAGUGUGAUAGUCGUAAUUACUGCACCAGUGGGGCCACAAGAAUAAUCAUCAUCGGCAGCGGUGGUGGCAGCGGUGGUGGCAGCAGUGGUGGCAGCAGUGGUGGCAGCAGUGGUGGUGCUGUCGGCGGUGGUGCUGGUGGCGGUGUUGAUAGUGGAGGAGGCCAGGUCGGUGGAGGACAAGCGGGUAAAGGAGAUGGUAGUAAAGUUGAGCCUGGAGAAUACACUGACUACAACACAGAUGGGCAGGUUUACACCGACGGAUAUGGUGAUGGAGGAUAUACUGCAGCCACUGAUUAUAAUUAUAAUGGAAAUGUAAAUUAUGGCAGAGAAAUGUCUUCUACCACACUCAGCGGUGCUGCCAUUGGCCUGAUGUUUCUUGGUGGAUUAAUAUUUGUUCUGAUUCCAAUUUUGAUGUCAAUGAGCGACUGUUGUGGCUGUGGACCUGGCGCUGCAGGUGGAGUUGGAACUGGAUUUGAACCUGUACCUGAAUGCACAGAAGGGGCAAUUCAUCCAUGGGGAAUAGAAGGUGCACAGCCUGAAGACAGGGAUGUCUCACACAUUCUUGCCCCAACAACAGCUGCAGGAGGUGAUUUUGGUGAACCCUCUGAUAUAUAUACAAACACAUAUGGAGGAGGAGGAGUAGUAGCUUCUGGUGUUGAAGAAACUACGGGGGUUGGCUAUGGUACUGGUACUGGUUACGGAACAGCUGGAGGAAUUUCUGGAACAGGGGAAGUAAAAGGGUCAAUUGGAGGAACAAUAAAAGAGUAUCGAGAAGGAGGGGUGAACAUGGCCUUCCUAGACAACUACUUCUCUGAGAAAGCAUUUGUGUAUGCAGAUGAAGAUGAAGGUCGGCCGGCAAAUGACUGCCUAUUAAUAUAUGAUCAUGAAGGAGUCGGUACUCCUGUUGGCUCUGUGGGUUGCUGCAGCUUUAUUGGAGAAGAUACAGAUGAAACAUAUUUGGAUACAUUAGGACCAAAAUUUAAGACCCUGGCAGAGAUCUGCCUGGGCAAAGAGAUUGAACCUUUCCCUGAUGUCAACCUGCCCUGGCCAGGCGUUAAUGUCACCUUUCCCAACCCUGAAAGUGAUCUAAACCUCCCGCCACCUGGAACCACCAUCAUUGUCAACGGAUGUGCACCUAUGCCUCCCCCAGUCGGCACUACAACGGUUGUUACUGAAAACACCUACACAUCUGGGUCAACCAUACAGCCCCCGAGACCAAUGCCGGAUCCUUUGCUUCAUGGCAACAUGACGGUGACUGAGACCUACACCUCUGGCUCCCCCUCUCUCUGCGUUGACCCCCUGCGUGCAUCCAACGUUGUUGUAACAGAAAGGGUUGUCGGUCCUGCGUCUGCCUCUGAUUUGCGUGGCAUGCUAGAUAUCCCCGAUCUGGCAGACGGGUCCAAUGUUAUCGUCACAGAAAGAGUAAUCGCGCCUAACUCCCGGCUCCCAACCUCUCUGAGCAUUCCCGAUUUGGUAGAUGGGUCAAAUGUGGUGGUGACAGAAAGGGUGUUCAGGCCUGCCUCCGGCAUGCCAGGCAGCUUAAUAAAUAUUCCCUCGGAGUUAUCGAACGCCCACAACGUGGUGGUCACCGAGAGGGUAGUGUCAGGGUCUGGGAUGAGCAGCCUGGGGGGGACAAGCCUAGGGGGGGCAAAUCUGGGGGGCCUGAGCAGCACAGGCCAGAUGCUCAGUGCCGACUGUCACCUUGGCCAAGCAAUGGGCACGGUGUCCCCUGGCACCUCCCGGAGGAGGGUGACCAAGUACAGCACUGUGCAGUACUCCAGUCAGUAA